ACUCGCGGCCCGGCCUCGGCAACCGCGGCUCCGCGUUUCACGGAGCCCCGCACGGCGAGGGGAGCCGGGGCCGGGCCGGGCGGCGCGGGAAGGGCCGCGGCGAGGGGGCGGGGCCCGCAGGGGCCGUGGCCCCUGACUGACAGGACGAUAGUGCGUGCUCAGGCUUGCGGGCGCCUCCUGUCGGGGGCGGCGCCUGAAUUUCCCGCAAGGGCUGAGCCGCGCUUCACCCGUCAUGAGUCCCGCCCUGGGCUCCCCGUGCUGGCCUCGCCCCGUGCAGGGUCCAGGGUACACUUCUGCCUUCUUGCCGAUCCCCUUCCCUCGCCUGGAGCGGGGAUCGGGACGGCGACACGAAAACCGCGGAUUCCGUGUUACACCGGCUCCUGUCACGAGUUACACCCGGCUGCUGCUGCUGCUGCCGCUCAGGGGUGGAACAGGUCCGGCUGCUGGUAAAUCAAGAGCCCACGUCCUUGUCAAGAGAGAUCAGAGCUCAGGCAAUCAAAGGACUUCAGAAAAACAAUGAAUCCGCUUCUGGAGCUUCUCCUCUUUUUGGGUCUGCUCAUCUACUCUUACUUAGAGGCUUUUGUGAAGCUUUUUAUUCCCGUGAAGAGAAAGUCUGUCAGUGGAGAGCUCGUUCUCAUCACGGGUGCCGGCCAUGGCGUGGGGAGAGCGACCGCCUUCGAGUUUGCCAAGCGCCAGAGCAGGCUGGUUCUGUGGGACAUCAAUAAGCAUGGCCUUGAGGAGACGGCAGCAGAGUGUGAAAGGCUGGGAGCCACUGUGCAAACCUUCGUGGUGGACUGCAGCAAAAGGGAGGAAAUCUACAGCACUGCAGAGAAGGUGAAAAAGGACAUAGGGGACGUCUCCAUCCUGGUGAAUAACGCUGGUGUGAUUACAUGUGCUGACCUGCUCUCAACUCAGGACCACCAGAUUGAAAGAAUGUUUGAGGUCAACAUUCUUGCUCACAUGUGGACCACAAGAGCUUUCCUGCCAGCCAUGAUGAAAAACAACCAUGGUCACAUUGUCACGGUGGCUUCGGCAGCAGGUCAUUUUGUGUUGUCUUUCAUGGUGACUUAUUGCUCAAGCAAGUUUGCUGCAGUGGGAUUUCAUAAAGCUCUGACAGAGGAGCUGUCUACCCUGGGAAAGGAUGGAAUAAAAACCACAUGUCUUUGCCCGGUGUUCAUAAACACAGGAUUUGUCAAAAACCCCACCACAAGGCUUGGAAGGAUUUUGGAAAUUGAAGAAGUUGUAGAGGCCCUGAUGGAAGGAAUACUGACCAACCAGAAAAUGGUUUUUGUUCCAUCAUAUCAAGGCAUUGGUUUACUUCUUGAAAGGUUGUUUCCAGAACGUGCCCUGAAGGCUCUGAUGAAGAUGACCAAAAUCAAGUUUGAUGCAGUUGUUGGGCAGAGAAGCACUCAGUGAAAAGCAAAAAUUGAUUCACAUUUCCUAGUGGCACAAGCAAAAAUAGAGCAUAUACUGAGCAUAGUUCAGCUGGCUUUAUUGCAGGACUGAGACAGAUGCUUCCAGGUCACCAUUUCCAAGCACACCUAAGGGUUUAUCCCAUACCUGCAGCAGGGACAUACCUGUGUAACAUGGAGCAUUAACAAAGCAGAGAUGCAGCUCUAGAAGCCUAAAGUGCUGCUUUGGCUGUACAUCACACUGGCUUUACCUCCUAGUGCUGAGGCAGACAGGAACUCCCACAAAGCCCGUCUUUGGGACAGCACAGCUGCUUACCUGAGUGCAAAGGGUUUGCCUGAGAAUAUGUUAAUCUGGACUCAUCCCUGAGCUGAAGUAUCUUGCAAGAAGCGCAACUCAUAGAGAAGGUGGGUGGCCUGUUUCACCUUAAUUUAAAUUUAAAAUAUGCUCUAAUGAUCACUGAAUAUCAUGUGUCUUUGUAGUGAUUGCUUGAAAUAAUACAGCCUUUUAUGUUAUGCAAUACCUAUUUACACCAGUUAUCAGUUAUGCAUUAGCACCACCAACAUGCCUUAUUCUGAAUAAAUACAGUUCUCUAACCCAAA